AUGGUCGUCGGGAGAAGGUUCCGCCGGUCAGAAUCCUUCCCGGCUCUCAAGGCCGCCGCUAAAAGCGCUUUCCGCUCCCGAUGCAUCAGUCUCCCCUCCCGCUCCCACCCCUUCGCCGCCCACCUUGCCGACGACCUCCAAUCUCUCCGCUCUUGGCCCCUCUCACCCUCCUCCUCCUCCUCCGAUGCGGUCCACUGGAUCUGUAAUGGCCUUGCCCGCCUCCACCUCCUGCUCGCCAGCCUCUCGGACGUCCUCCAGCUCCCCCAGGCGCAAGAACCCCUCCGGCGAGGCCACCGCCGCUCCCCCGCCCUUGCCGACCGCCUCCUCGAUGACUUCCUUCGCCUCGCAGACGCGCACGGAUCCUUCCGCUCCGCCACCCUCGCCCUCAAGCAAGACCUUGCAGCCGCACAGGUCGCAGUCCGCCGUCGCGACGAGCGGCGCCUCGCGUGCUGUCUCCGCGCCCAGCGCCGCGCUCGGAAGGAGCUGGCCGAGCUCGCGGCGGCCGCUCGGGAAGUCAAGAAGAGGCCGCAGCCCGGUCCCGCCACCUGGGCGGCAGCCGACGCAGAGGAGGCGGAGGUGGCGAGGGUCAUAGGGGAGGUGGUCGUCGUGGCCGCGGAGGCGUCGGCGGCGGUGUUCCUCGGCGUCUCCGAGAUGGCCGCGGCGGCAUUGUCAGCGGCUGCGGCGAUGGCCCCGUCUCGGUUCGCAUGGGCCAACGCGGUGCUCAGGUGGAGGACGAGAGCGACGUCGAAGCCGCCGAACAAGAAAGCGUCGCCUGAGGAGAAGAAAGAGGAGUUGGCAGCAGGGGAAGAGGAAGAGGAGGAGGAGAAGUGGAGGAGAACGACGCUGGAGAGGCUUGGGAAAGCGGAGGAAGGCGUCCCGUCUUUGGAGAGCGCCGGCGAGCUGGUCUUCAAGUCGCUGGUCAACGUCAGGGUCACCCUCCUCAACGUUUUGACUCCCGCCCUAUGA